CACAUGCCAUUGCGUAAAAAUCUCCUUUUGUGUGUGUUGUAAUUUCCCAGAUAGAAUAACUUUCAUUUCUCAGAUGAAGAAUACUCUGACCAGGCUCAAAACAAAGCUGCUUUAGGCUUUAUUCAAACCCACAGACACCGAUUCUGCAGACUAGCCACUCCUCCUUCCUCUGUCCCAGCCUGUUGACAAGAAAAACUGUCAGCUGGUGAGGUGGCGGGGUUAUGAAAGAAGAGAGAAACAGGUGAGCGCAUCUGCAGCUGGAAGGAGACUCUAUGAGGAGAUGCGGUUCGGCUGGAGGAUUGCUGUGAUCCUGCUGUUGCUGCCGGCUGUUACUGAGGCUCAGAGUGGAGAUGGAGACUCUGACAUGGAACCCAGAAUCAGCUGCAUCUCUCACAUCAUGUUAGAAAGAUGCAAUCUGACCUGCAAGCUGCUUGAAGGCAGAAACGACAAUGUGGACGAUGAAGACAAUGGAGGUGAUGGAGGCAACAGUAUUGAGAGGAUGACCCUAUGUUACCAUGACUACGUUGACGACAAAAGGGUUUGUAUGGAGUCAUCCGGUGACACAUUCAGCUCCAAAGUUCUGACCCCUGUGAUCGAGAUAAAUCUGACCAUCCACUUAAAGGGAGGAGGAAGGAUUUUACAAAAGGUUGACCUGAAAAAAAUUGUUAAACCAAUGAGUCCUCAGGUGUUUAACAUCACCUUCAAUGAAGAGACUAACCAGGCUAAGAUUCAGAUUCGGAUACCAUAUCGCAACAACUACCUGAAAGUGGAAAACCAGUUAUUCCAGUUUCAUAUCAGGACAGCAGAGAAAACCACGAUUCAGAACAUCUCAUCACAGGACUUCAUACAGAUCGACAUGAAACACCUCGAAAAAUGCUCAAAGUGUUAUGUCAAAGUGCGAUCACUCCCAGAGAAACUUCAGGGCACGUGGAGUGAAUGGAGCGAAACAUUCGCUUUCCUUAGCCCGACUGAAAAAUACCAAAAGCAGGCCAGCAAAGAGCAGAUGGAAGUGUACCAAGUCAUACUGUGUCUGGUCUCUGUGCUGUUGGUGGCCUUCAGUGUGAUUGUCCUCUGGAAAAAGAAUGUAUUUACCCACAUGUGGCCGAGCAUCCCACAUCCUAAACAGACUCUGGUGCAGAUCUGCAAGCCAAAUAAGCCUCUCUUGCUGACCUUCAGGCCUGAGGUGUUCAGUGCUCUCAAAGUCGACCCCGUGGAGAAAACAGCCUGUGAGGAAACAGAGCCUUCGAUUGGUCCUUCUGCUCCUGCUGCUGACAGUGCACAGUCGAGUGAACCCUGCUCCACUCAGAGCUCGGAUUGCCGGAGCACCACCAGCGCCAGCACAGAGGAAGUGGAGAUCUCCGCGCUGCUGAGCAGGAGCUCAUCUGAAGCCGAGGACAGCCUGCUGAGCAACAGUCCAUCCCCUGUUGACAUCCUCCAGCUUGAUGACAGACCUGAGCAGCCUGAGCUGCACAUUGAAGGAAAUGAGCUUGAGGUGUUUGGAGUAAAUCACCAGGAGGAUGCCUAUGUCACCAUGUCCAGCUUCUAUAAGACCAAGUAGGUGGUGAGCCAACAGGACCAGAAGCUGAACUUAUCAAACUUCAGGAUGCUCUAAACCAAAGAGUUUCCAAAUUCAUGAGAACAAUCCAAAAGAAUAAAAUGACAAAAAUGUUGCCUUUAUGUGAGGAUCGGUCCAUCUACAACUGAAUAUUUCAUCUGGAUUUCACCUCGAUAACCUCAGUCCAGAGAAUGAAAACUACCACCAGGUUUUUCUCUGACUUUCUUCUGAUGCCACCAUGACAUUUAACAUUAUCAUUGUCAAAUUUACCACAAAAGAAAAUCACUGGAUGGACUGCUAAAAGUUGGUUCACUUUACCCAAAUUACUAGUACAGUAUCUCAGCAUCUACUGAAUGGAUUCCCAUUUACCCAUAUCUCUUAGAGGAUAAAUCCCUGAGUUUUGCAAUCUUUGGCAUGUCCUCUAGCUCCACCAGGAGUGUAAUAUCUUAGUGUUCUGUAGCAAAUAUCCAUAAAAAUUAUUCAGCUUUUGCUAUGACUUUUGGGUCAGAAAUCAUGUUCCCUUCAGGAUGAACAGUGAUAUCAUUUUGCAGUCUCACACAUCCUCAGUUCAUUACGUAAGCAUGUCCAUUACUUUUCUCUCAGCUGUACUGAGUUCUUUUUAAAGCACAGCUGCUAGCAUGACUGGAGACUCUCAUACCCCUUUGCCACUAAAAUGGAAUGGGUACUUUUCUGGUUCAUGAACAUAAUUUUGCGCCUUUUGCACCAGUGUUUCAACCAAAAACAAAUUGGUUUAGAAUCUCUAUACAAGUUGGCCCCCUGCUGGGACCAAAAAAUGGGUUUUCAAGGAUAUUAUUAGUGAGAGUGUCAUAUUUAAUGUGAGCAUUGGCAAAAUGCUAUGUUAAAAAUUUAUCUCUGAUUCCAAAGAUUCCUCUCAGAAAUGGUGGAAAUCUAAACAAAAAUGAGUCUGGAAACCAGAGCUAAUUAGGUGGGAAAGUCUCCUUCCUUUGUAAUCCAAAAUGUAGCUUUCAGAAGAGCAGACCAUUGAUCUGCAGCUACUGAAAUAUAGGAUGUACUUUGUUGCUUUGAGUCCAACUGUGUACUCAUAAAUGUUUUUUACACACACACCUCCACUCCACAUGUACUCGUCUGCAGUUGGAGGAAUCCUAGAAAUAUAUACCUGUGUUUUUGCAUGUUUUACUACAAAUCAUAGAAUAGUCAUUUUAAGAUAACACAACCUUCCAGGCAGCCCACUGGUUAAAUGAUCACUUCAUCUUUUAGAUCAGCAUUACAGUUUCUAUAGAAAGAACCGAAUUGAGUUAGCUGUCUGGAAGGUCGUAAACAGUUUGAGUUUACAGAUGAGUGACAAAUUAAAGUAUAUCUUAUAUCUAAGAGUGGGGCUCACCUAAAGAAACAGCAUCUAGAAUCACCCAAUGCUCUUCCAAAAUAUCCAACUUAAAGAUCAGUCAAGGCACCGAACUGGUGGCUAGAUCAAAACUCCUACUUUACUCAUCUAAAGAACCACAAGAAAUAUCUAAAAUUUUCAUAGAACCUCCUGCUUGGGGCCACUAUAAUCACAUAAAAGAUCACUGAUACCUCCUGGGCAUAAUCAUGAACUCCCUAAAGGAUGCUGAGUACCUUCUCAGUGUCCAAAAGCAGCCCAAAGGAUAACAAAAACAUCCACUACAAUUAACCAGAGAACCACAGAAAGAUCUAUAGGACGCUAUAAAGAAGAACUACCCAAAAUACUGCUAGAACAUUUUUACUGGUUAAAAGGACCUAAAAGAACUCUAGCAAAAUCUCAACCGUGAGUCACAUGACUACAUUCUGAAGGACUCCAUGACUUCUCUAGAUAGUGUAGAAAUUAAUUUAAUUAAACUCCAGCUCAGGGUGUUGCUCAGGACAAUCUCAAUGCUCAUUCUCAUAGAGAUAGCACACAUUAGAUUCCAGUAUAAGAACAUCUGAAUGAAUGUUUCCACUCAUACAUAUCAGAUUUUUCCAUUUGUCACCUAUCUGUAUCUCAUUUUUUUUCUCAUUCUUGAACCAAAAUAUCAGAAGACACAAGUGAGGUCAUUUAAAGCUGCUUGUAUCUGAACUCAUCUGCACCUAAACUCUUUGAGAACUAAAACUCUUGCUGCAGCGUUCACCAUGCAGGUCAAACAGCCUCCUAAAGCUCACCUGUAGCACUGAAUCAUAGUAUACUGCUCAGAUGUUUGGGGUUACUUAGAAGUUACCUUGUUUUUGAAGGAAAUGCUAAUUUGCUUUAAUCUACUCUUAAACUGAUCAUAAAUUAUGUAAAUGAUUAUAUUUGAAUAAUUGAAUCAUGAAGUACCUAAAGUUAUUAUUGGAAUAUCUACAUAGGCAGCAGAGGGCAAUUUUCAGCAACCAACAGCACAUUGUGUUAGUAAUGCAAGUUUAUCACCCUAAAAGCUCAAUUCAAUUAAAUUUUAUUCAUAUAGCACCAAAUCACCACAAACAGAACCUACAGACCCUACAGUAAUUACAGAGAAAACCCAACAGUCAAAACAACCCCCUAUGAGCAAGCACCAAAGUUUGAUUCAUUAUUGGGAAAACUCUCCAAUCAUGUUAGUAAACCUUUUAAAUUAAAGUGGUAACACAUUUGGCUUGUAUUAAUAGUGCAGGACACAAAAGUGUGUACUACUCCCCUCCCAAAACACAACAGCCUGACUUUUAAACAUAAGAACAAGUUACCACUUGAGGAUCUGCUUCUAAAUCUACAGACUCUGAUGUACUUCAGAAGGUUUUGUGUUGGGUUGGUUAUUUGUUUUUCCACUAUGUUUUUAAUUACAAAAAUAAUGGAUGGAUUUGGAUGAAAAAAUUACCAGAAGUACCAGACUUAAACUUACAAGCAAUUAACUUUUGCAUUCAAUCCAGGUCUGAAAGUUUUAGAAGGAUUCUUUAUCAUUUUUAGAUUGAAUAUUUCACAUCACAUUCUUACAAAUUCAUAUCAAACAGAAAUAAGAAAAACUGGAAGAGAUCCUAUUGAUUCUUCCAAGAAAUAUCACAAAUUAAUCUGGAUUCAGGAAAUUGAUUCAUGCAUAGAAUGUAGGGAGUUCCAGUCUCGGCCACCCACCUGGGUCUCCAAAAUUUGCAGUUAGGCCUCAGUCACACACGCCUAGAGACCACUCAGCGACCCCCUGACAACCUGACACUAGAGAAAAAUGUGCAUACCUGACUGGUUGGCAAGUGGUUGCUGGCUGUGUCAGGGUGAAAUUGGUUACAAACAGGGUGCUGCACUAAAAAGCUCAUCACUUUGGUCACUAGCAGGUUGCUGUGAUUGCCUGCAGUUUGCAUGGAAGAUGCCAACUUGUCUGCAAACACUCCCCAACUACUUUCUGAGUGGCAAUGAGACUUGAGAAAGUGCAACACAAAUUGGAAACAGAAAAUAUUUGUAUUCAGAGUAAAAGUUGUGCCUUGCUGUUUCUACCAACAUGUUUUAAAAGACACAGCUUUUACUUUGAAGGGGAAUUUUCUGUUUCCAUUUUGGGCCUGACUUUUCAGUUUCACUAUUGCUUGGCGAGUAGUUGCAGACAAGUCAGCAACUUCCAUGGAAAAUAGGGGUGACUGCAGCAAUCUGCUAGUGACCAAAGCAAUCACAAGGUUUUUGGUAAUGGACUAUACCUCUUUGAGACCAUUUUCACCAACUAGCACGCUGCCCCAACCACUCACCAACCGGGUCGGAAAUACACAUUUUUCCCUAGCAAACAGCACAUGCCACUGAGUCACUUACUGUACAGGUCUCCAGGCCUGCAUGACUGGGGCUUUAGCAAUCACUCUCAAAGCAACUGCCAGCAACCUACAACAACCAUUCACCAGCUGCCAGGGAAAUACAGCAUGUGGUUGCCAGGCAACAACCGUCCUGUGUGGCCCUGGCAGCGUUCUGUUGAGGGAGAAGUACUCACCAGUGUUUUGUUUGCAUCACCUUCAUUUCUUUGUACUUGAACACACAGACCGGGCUCAGAACAAAGUUCUACUUUUAAAGCUUUAUUCACAGCUACAGAGGCUGAUGCUCUAGAAAUUCAACAAGCCAAAUGUUGCACUUCUAUAAUUACCAUAAAUGUUUUUAGGUGUACCACCAUGACUGUAAAAGGGUUUUUCUAAUAAUCAAUAAGCCUCUUAAUAUUAUAAAACUACGUUCAAUAGCAUCAUGUGCCAUUAGAACAAUGGGCCUCUGUACACCUACAUAGAUAUUCCAUUAAAAUAAUUAUAAACAAUUUACUAUUUUUUCAUGAAUUGUUAUUUCUAAUUUUCCUCCAUUUAUAACUGACUGAAUCAGAUGUGCUUUCUCAAAACAGGACAUUUUAAAGUUAUCUACAACUUCUGAGCAGUCAUGUGCGUCAUGUCCGAGCACGCUCAGCUGUCUGUAGGUGGGUUGUGGACGCAUUGCUGUAGCAACGCAACUGUUUCUGUUUGAAGACAUGGAGAUGCCAAACCUAAUGCUGCUGCUUCAGUAUCUGACACAACCAACCUCACAUUUCUUCACAGCAUUGUCUGAAACAAAUACAGGAAUGUACACUUUAUACUCAGAAACAAGAAAUCUGAUUGUAAUCUGUACUAAAUGCAACGUACAUACUUUAUGGUAAUGUUAGAUUGUACUCGUGUUGAUGCAUUGUGGAAUUGUUUUUAUUUAAUCACAA